AUAUUGUUUCCGUUGUUGUCCCCGUCGUUGUCGACGUUGUCAACGAGCUUCACGCCUUUUUCGUCUGUACUGACGAGACCAAAUCAAAAGAUUUGUCCUCGAUGCCUAUCAAGCACUUUGACGCAUACCUACCCGAGCGAAAACAAUUGACAAUACUCCCGCUUUCUGCCCUUUCUGAUUCGUGUUUAGGCAUUGAUGCGUCUUACUAUCUUCAGCAGCUCACCGACAACCCACCGUCGAGGGAGCCUCUUCUCGCAGCGACGGGCGGUUUGCCCUUAGCGCUCACACUGCGUAUCGAGUCCGACCUCCGUGUCCUCGAAAAAUUGCACAUCAAGCCCGUUUUCGUGUUUCCAGGGCUUCUUCCCAACAGGAAAUGGAAGCCUCAGCAACUUUUAGAGAACACCGAAGCCUGCAAGGACCGACGCGAUGCAUGGGAAAAAUAUGAAGCAGGUCUUGAAGACCAAGCGACCAAGCUGUUCGCUGGUCGGAGUAGUUUUCAACAGUGGGAUCUCUGGAGAAUGGUGCUGAGAAUCUUCAGGCAUCGGAAUGUCGAGUUCAUCAUUGCACCAUAUCUAGCAUGGCCGCAGGUAUGUGAAUUUCUAAUUCCUGUUGUUACGUCCAGCAAUUAUUAACCGCAUUAACGAUACCUUCCAGUUAAUUUAUCUUCAGCGCCAUCCAAAAUCCUACAUUCACGCGAUAUAUGGUCCCACCGACACGCUU